UAGCCUUUAGCAAAUAAACACACCAGUGUAUUAUAUAAAUUCGAAAAGAUUCUUUAACUUAAAUCAUUCAAUAAGUUUCACUUUGUGCAAUCUGGUUUAUGUGAAUGGUGUUUAAUACAACAAUUAUUUUAAGUUUAUAAGUACAAACAACUUAAAUUAAAAAAAUGCAAACAAUGUUUAAAGUUUGCAAAUUGUAUAUGCUGUUAUGUCUUGGAUUGUCAACAAAUGCCAGUCCAAUAUUAACUGGAUUAAAAACAACUUCAUCUGAUUAUCAACAGAGCGAUUCUUCACACCAUGAAUUCUUCACUCAGUUUCCCCCUAACUCAAAUUUUGGAAAUAUGGAUACAAAAUUCAAUUUACAGUCAGGUACAGCUGUUGACCAAAGCUUGAAAAGUAGUCCAGGUAUUACUACAACAUACAGAGAUCAAAAUGGGAAUCUUGUAACACAGGUAAAAAAAGAAACUUAUAAUAAGGAAAACGGCCAAAGCGCUCAUGCAUUUGAAAUCCAAGAGAGUAAACAACUUCCAAACGGGUAUUCAAAAAGUUUCAAGAAAGAAUACUCGUCAUCUAGCGUAGUAGGAUCUCAACCUAGUACAUUUUUUCAAAAACCAUUAAAUGCAGAAAAAUAUUACAAUAGUGAACAAAUAUCAAACGGGCAAUUUUCCCAAAAUUACCAAGGACAAUCAAUACCUGUUAAUAUAGGAAACAUAGAAGUUCAAUCAAAUUUUAAAUCCACAGUAGAUCAAAGUUUGACAAAUGUACCCGGAGUUACAACAACAUUUAGAGACCAGAAUGGAAACAUUGUUACCCAGGUAAAAAAAGAAAUCGUCACCAAUAAUGAUGGUCAAAAUGGACAUGCUGUGGAAUAUGAAGAAACAAAACAACUUCCAAAUGGAUAUUCAAAAAGUUUCAAAAAAGAAUAUUCAUCGUCUAGCGUAGUAGGAUCUCAACCUACUACAUUUGUUCAAAAACCAUUAAAUGCAGAAAAAUAUUACAAUAGUGAACAAAUAUCAAACAGCCAAUCUAAUUCAUAUGGGCAAUCUUUCCAAAAUUACCAAGGACAAUCAAUACCUGCUAAUAUAGGAAACAUAGGAGUUCAAUCAAAUUUUAAAUCCACAGUAGAUCAAAGUUUGACAAAUGUACCCGGAGUUACAUCAACAUUUAGAGACCAGAAUGGAAACAUUGUUACCCAGGUAAAAAAAGAAAUUGUUACCAAUAAUGAUGGACAAAAUGGUCAUGCUGUGGAAUAUGAAGAAACAAAACAACUUCCAAAUGGGUAUUCAAAAAGUUUCAAAAAAGAAUAUUCAUUGUCUAGCGUAGUAGGAUCUCAACCUACUACAUUUGUUCAAAAACCAUUAAAUGCAGAAAAAUAUUACAAUAGUGAACAAAUAUCAAACAGCCAAUCUAAUUCAUACGGGCAAUCUUUCCAAAAUUACCAAGGACAAUCAAUACCUGCUAAUGGAGGAAACAUAGGAGUUCAAUCAAAUUAUAAAUCUACAGUAGAUCAAAGUUUGACAAAUGUACCCGGAGUUACAUCAACAUUUAGAGACCAGAAUGGAAACAUUGUUACCCAGGUAAAAAAAGAAAUCGUUACCAAUACUGAUGGUCAAAAUGGUCAUGUUGUGGAAUAUGAAGAAACAAAACAACUUCCAAAUGGAUAUUCAAAAAGUUUCAAAAAAGAAUAUUCGUCGUCUAGUGUAGUAGGAUCUCAACCUACUACAUUUGUUCAAAAACCAUUAAAUGCAGAAAAAUAUUACAAUAGUGAACAAAUAUCUAACAGCCAAUCUAAUUCAUAUGGGCAAUCUUUCCAAAAUUACCAAGGACAAUCAAUACCUGCUAAUGGAGGAAACAUAGGAGUUCAAUCAAAUUUUAAAACCACAGUAGAUCAAAGUUUGACAAAUGUGCCCGGAGUUACAUCAACAUUUAGAGACCAGAAUGGAAACAUUGUUACCCAGGUAAAAAAAGAAAUCGUUACCAAUAAUGAUGGUCAAAAUGGACAUAUAACAGAAUUUGAAGAAACUAAACAAUUUCCAAAUGGAUAUUCAAAAAGUUUCAAAAAAGAAUAUUCAUCAUCUAGUGUAAUUAGUGCUCGUCCAACAUUAAUUAAAGAUACUACUACUGAGAAAAAUACUUAUUUACCACAAAAAUUUACACAGGGGGACACAGAAAAAUUCAAUGGUUACAACACAUUUUUUAACAACCAAAAAUAUACAUCGGAGCCAAAUAGCCCAAUUAGUUCUCAAGUAUUUAAUAAUAAAAAACAAACAGAAAGUGGUCAACAAUCAAUAGACUUACACGGUUAUUCAACACCAUCUCGAAUAGGACAACAGUCUGUAGACAUUAGCAACCAAUAUAAACCAAAAAAACCAAGUAGUCAACAAUUUGAAAAAAUUGAGUCAGUUUCAACACAAACCCAAGAGGAAGUUGGUCAACAAUCAGUAGACUUACCUGGAUAUUCAACAACAUCUCAAAUAGGACAACAGUCUGUAGACAUUAGCAACCAAUAUACACCAAAAAAAACCAAGUAGUCAAAAAUUUGAAAAAAUUGAGUCAGUUUCAACACAAACCCAAGAGGAAGUUGGUCAACAAUCAGUAGACUUACAUAGAUAUUCAACACCAUCUCAGAUAGGACAACAGUCUGUAGAUAUUAGCAACCAAUAUACACCAAAAAAACCAAG